UUAUUAUUGAUGAUAAUGGUGUUACCGAAUUUGAUGACAGGAGUAAAAUCAUUGGAUGUACCUUCAGAUGAUAUAUUAUAUCAAUCAUUUUUAAAUUGGAUGGAUCAAUUCAAUGUAGCAUAUACAUCACAAAGUAUAUUAGAAUCAAAGUUUAUUACAUGGAAGGAGAAUAUAAUAUUCAUUGCUAAUAACAAUGAACAAAUAACAACUCCUGAUGUUGAAAUAGAGUAUAAUAAUCAACAAACCAAUAUGAGGUCAUUGUUGUCAAUGACUCCAGUAGAGACUUAUCCAACUUUAAAUUCACUUCAAAUGUCUGCCAAUUCAUUCAGUGACCUAUCAAAUACAGAGUUCUUGGCAACUCAUACUGGACAUAUUCCUGGAGGCUCACCAGUUGCUGUGGCAGCUGCAGGUGGUCCGACAUUAUCAACUGGUGUCAUAGUUGGAGUGGCAUUGAGUGGAACAGCCUUUGUUUCAUUCUUAACCGCAAUGGCUAUAUAUGCAAGCAAGAGAAUGAGUGGAUCAAAUUCUAAACUAAAAUCAGAUCCAACCAAGACAAGAUCAGUUCCAAUCAUUACAGAUCCUUCAUCUCCAGUGGUGUUCAGUGUACAUGCAUCAACUCCAACAACUACUACUACUCCUCCUACUCCUUCAGCUUUAGGAUCAAAUCAACCUCAAGUAGAAGAUAUGGAAGAGAUUGAUUUGAAAGAUGAUAAAUCACCUGUUAGAGGAGGUAUCAACGUCUUUGACUUCUCAAGGAAUCCAAGACAUUCAAUCACAGCAAGGCACAUAACAUUUGAUAACAUAUCCAAUAAUGCCAAUCAACAACCUCAAUCACCAGUU